AAUUUUUGUAAAAAGUCUUUAAACAAGAAAUUGUAAGUGUUAUCGUAACGGUUAAGGUCGCAAAAACGUUUUUCAUCAUAACGAAGAAACUCUUGAAAUAAAAAUGGGUAUACCAAAGUUUUUUCGAUACAUAAGUGAAAGAUAUCCUUGUCUUACUGAAAAGUUAAAGGACCAUCAGAUACCCGAAUUUGAUAAUUUAUAUUUGGAUGUGAAUGGUAUCAUACACUCAUGUUCACAUCCUGAUGAGGACAUUCUGUUUCGCAUCACAGAGGAAAAUAUAUUUAAGAAUAUAUUUUGUUAUCUUGAACUAUUGUUUCGUAUGAUUCAGCCUCAGAAGUUAUUUUUUAUAGCGAUCGAUGGUGUAGCACCACGCGCAAAAAUUAAUAAUCAGAGAAGCAGACGUUUCAGAUCUGCAAAAUAUGCAGAGACUCAAGAGGCAAAAUUGAAGGCUAAAGGUGUUAUUUUACCAGAACAGCCAAAAUUUGAUUCUAAUUGUAUUACUCCAGGAACUAUUUUUAUGGCCAAACUUGAUGACUAUUUAAAGUAUUUUAUAUCUUAUAAAAUUUCAACUGACAAAUUUUGGCAAAAGUGCAAAAUUAUAUUUAGUGGAUCUCAGGUUCCUGGAGAAGGAGAACACAAAAUAAUGGACUAUAUACGUUACAUGAAAGCACAACCAGAUUAUGAUAUAAAUACUAAGCAUUGUUUAUAUGGUUUAGAUGCAGAUUUAAUAAUGUUAGGUUUAUGCACCCAUGAAAUACAUUUUACACUAUUGAGAGAAGAAGUGAAAUUCGGUAAAAAACGAACGAAAAUUUUUAUAACACCAGAAGAGACAAAGUUUUGUUUGUUUCAUUUGUCUCUGUUGAGAGAUUACAUAAAUGACGAGUUUUCCUCAUUAAGGGAAAAAUUGCCUUUUCCGUAUGAUCUUGAGAAGAUAAUUGACGACUGGGUUUUAAUGGGAUUUCUUAUAGGAAACGACUUUAUACCACAUCUGCCAAAUUUACAUAUUGCACAUGGUGCACUCUCUGUAUUAUAUCAAGUCUAUAUGGAUGUAUUACCAACGUUAGAUGGUUAUUUAAACGAAACGGGAACGCUAAGAUUGGAUAGAUUCGAGAAAUUUAUGGAAAGGCUCAGCCGUUUCGAUCUAUUGCAAUUCUCCGAGUAUUAUGCAGAUAUAAAGUACCUGGAGAGCAAAAUUGGAAACCCCCUUGCUGAUACUGAGAAGCUGAAUCAGCUUAAGAAGUCAGAUAACAACGACAAGAUUCUGUUUCCAAAGACAGUACAAGACAAAGAGUUUGAUGCUUUGCUUAGAUCUGUAGCUGAGAUGGACAUAGGAAGGGAUGAAGAUGAGGAGGAAGAAGAUUAUGAGACAGAUAGUGAGACUUAUACUAUGGAAUUUAUUCAGCGUAAGAAGGAUUAUUACCAGAACAAGUUAAAAUAUGAAAAUGUAGAUGAAGAUUUUUUACGUUCACAAGCUGAGGGCUAUGUCAGAGCUAUUCAAUGGAAUUUACAUUAUUAUUAUAAUGGAUGUUGUAGCUGGUCGUGGUACUAUCCGCACCACUACGCGCCUUAUAUCUCAGAUAUAAAGGAUUUCAAAGACUUGAAACUGGAAUUCGAGUUAGGAGAACCGUUUUUACCGUUUGAGCAGCUCCUAGCUGCGUUACCACCUUAUAGUAAAACUUUAUUACCCUCAGCAUUCCAAACAUUAUUAACGGAAGAGCAAUCUCCUAUACUCAAUUAUUAUCCAGUGGAAUUUCAGACGGAUUUAAAUGGCAAAAAGCAAGAUUGGGAGGGCGUAGUUCUCAUACCGUUUAUAGACGAGAAAAGUUUACUGGACGCAAUAGCUCCACGAUUAGAUAAAUUAACGCCAGAAGAAAAAGCAAGAAAUAAGCACGUGCCAAUGUGUCUGUUCACAUACACGGAGGAAGAUCUAGGCGUUUGCAAGGCGCCUGAUUAUUUUCCUAGCAUAGUCAAUCAUGCAAGAAUACAGUUAAUUAACCGCGAAGAUAUUGUUAAAGUAUUUCAAAGACCAUCAGUUUUGAGAACCAUGAUUUUACAUAUAAAAUCACCGCCCAUAACUACUGAUCUACUUACCAUAGGGUCCAAGUUAUUGGGCAAUAUAGUGUUCGUGAAUUGGCCUCACUUAAAAGAAGCUCAAGUGGUUGGUGUUUCUAACUGCAACGUUAAAUUGAAUUUCAUGAAUUCUGAACUGGAACAAUUUUAUGAAACUUAUAACGAGGACGAGUGGAAUUCGUUAAAAACCUCCAUCACUGAAACAUAUAAAGAGCGCUACGGGGUGGAAAUCGGGGAAACGAAGUUCCUGGUUCACGUAAGACUGUUAGUGGGCAGUAAGUACGUUUUUGGCAGUCAUGGAAAGUUUCAUAUAGAAAAACUAUGGUCAGACACACAGACCUGUUACCCUUAUCAAACCACAGUAGAAGGUAUUACUGUUUAUUCUGUCAGUUUACCACUUUAUAAGUCUGCCAGCGACAUUUUCGUCCCUGGAUCUGUCUGUUUCAUGCUGGGACACCCGUAUUACGGUGCAAUGGGCCGAGUACGAGAGUCUGCUGUGUGUGAAAAAUCAGGCAGAAUAAAAGUGUCGAUGAUAACGAUGGUGGAGCCAUCGCUGGAGGCCUUGAAAAAAGCCCAAAUGGAGCACCAAGAUCAGUAUAUGCAUGGGAACAUAGUUUCACGAAGGUUAGGAAUAAGUAGAUACCUUAUGAACAGAAUUACUGGCUCGAUUUUCGUAAAGCAGACCUCAGAUGAUUCACAGCAGGAUUAUCCUAUGUGCAAUAUUGGGUUGAAUUUAAAAUUCAACAAGAGAAAUGAAGAGAUUCCUGGUUACACUCGAAAGGCUGAAGAUGGCUUUUGGUACUAUAGUUUCAAGACCAUGGACUUAAUUCGCAGCUACAUGUUAAAGUACCCUGAAGUAUUCGAAAAACUGGGGCUGAAUUCUAACAUCAGUAUCUUACAAGAAGAGGAUUUAUUUAAGAAAGGCACUGGAAAACUAAAUGAGAUUGCAGCAUGGCUGAAGGAGCAACUUCAGGGCAUAGAGAGUCGUGCCUGUGGCACUGAAACCCUCGACAGUGCGGUGAUGAAAACGCUAGAAGAAGAAAUUGAUGCAUAUUUGAAGACUGCAAACAGUAUUGGCAAAGUAGUAGAGAUGCAGGUGCAACCAUACUUGCUCUACAUGCCUAUUCUUCGUUUACGUAAUCUUUCACCUGAUCCAAAAACUCAAACCUUUUUAUUAGAUAGAAUUUGCUGCACCAAUGAUAAUUUCACAGUUCCCUUAGGCUACAAGGGUACGGUCAUUGGAGUGCAGAAGGCCGAGAACGUAUCAGAUACUAUGUACGACAUUUUGUUUGAUCAUUCAUUUAUAGGUGAAUUCAGCACAAGUGGAUCUUCAGAAUUCAGGACUUACCGUUUGUCGUCUGUUGAUUUUAUCAAUAUUAGUUAUGGAGAGAGGCUAGAGCGUAAAAAAGUGGGCACUGUGGAUUUUAGUUUGGAGACCACAGACGCUUGGAAGAACGCACCCAGUCAGGAAGGCCAUUUACGAGCAAAUACUAGUGCUUUUGCGUCCUACAGAAACGAGAAUCAUAUAUCAGUGGAGUCAUCAGCGUCGCCGAAGCCACCAAGAAUAAUACAGAAGAGCACUGAUGCGACGAAUCAGAAAAAUCAAAUGGUCUCUGCACCUAAAUGGAAGCAGUACAAUUCGCAGAAUACUAUAAACGUUCAGAAACCUUAUAAAGCUGUGAAAAAUCCACAGCCAAAUCCAAAUAUGCAACAAAACACACAGAAGAAGAUAGAGCCCACAUCUGAGUUCCAGGCGAUAUGGAACGAAUUGCACAAGAAGCAGGAGAUCAACAGACUUCCUCCACAAGUUCCAAUGGGCACUAAGGUGAAACAGAGCAACAAGGAAUUCCCUGAAAGUUCACCACAGGAUCCUAGUGCAUUUUUGAAGGCAAUGUUAAAGAUCCCUGAUGGGAAUGCUCAACAGCCCACAGUGCAGCAUCCGAGAACACCCAAACCCCCCUCGAAUAACACGCCACCUUUGGUGCAACAAUUGUUCGAUUAUGCCCGACAGAAUGAGAAGGUGAAGGAUGACAAAACACCGACUUGGUAUUGUUCUCAAUUGCUGAGUUACUGUCAGCUGAGUGGAGCGGGAAUGCCUAGGUACAGUUACUUCACAAACGAAAAAUCCAAUCUGAUCCAAGCGCACAUCCUCCUGCCGGACAAAAGGAUAUUCGCAGGAGACUAUUGUGUGAACCAUGAACAAGCAGCAGGAAGUGCUGCAAAGAAAGUUUACAUUGAAUUAAAAUUAGCCAACGUAAUGCCACAUAUGAAGACACUACUACCACCUCCUCAACAUUGGUACUCUAGUCCACAGAAUAGCAAUUGGUCGCAGAACAUAAGACCACCGAUGCCCCAACAUUUCCCUCCAGAACCUAAGCACCUACAAUGGUUCUCUGAAUGGGUUCAGAAAGGUCAUCCAAACAAUGGCAAUUACCAGCAACACCUGGUCAAGCAUAAUGAACAAUACAAAUAUAACGUGCAGCACAGAACAGUUCACAACGAAACGAAGACUGAGGCAAAGAAUUAUCCCACUUUCGUACCGUUACAAGCACAAAAGAAGAGCAGAGAUAUCACAGCUAAAAGGGCUAGCAACAAGGACAAUGCGAAUCAAUGUGCCAAAAACAAUCCUCAGCCGGUGGCUACGCAACAGAAGAAGGAAUUGCCAAUUAAGACGACGAAAGUAGAAGCCACUAAUAUGAUCGCUGAGAAACAGAAAUCAGUUCAAAGUAGUUCACACCAACAAGUACAAACCACACAAAACGUAGUAAAGCCUAAGAAGUCACGGGUGGCUGCAAAAUUUUGCAUACCGUCACAAACCGAGGAGAACAAUCAUAAUAAAGGUUCGACUUAAACAAACAAAACAAAUGCAUUUGACGAAGAAUCGAAAAUCUUUAUCUCUCUCAUACACAUUUCUCUUCUAUAUUUUGUAAUAAAAAUAUUUAAAACGAGACGAGUAUGUUGAACUGCCAAGUUGUACGGAUGGAAAAACUUCAAAGAAAUAUUGAAGUGUCUUGUAUAUACAUACUAUAAUACUCAAUUGUAAGUACUUUUAUUUUAGAGUUUCCAUUUUUUUUUCUCCCCCUUUUGUAAGCAUAUCGUCAAAGAAUACACACAAACACAUACACAGAGAGAGGUUAAUUGUAAGAUUGAUUUAAUAUAAUUAAUGAUGAGGUUACAAUGAAAGAAUUGAUUUUUAUGUUUCGAUGUUGUGCGGAGGACACUAUCGAGUACUAUAUUAUAGAUUUAAACAGGAGA